GGUGACCUGAACUACGUCGCUUCUGUGUGACCAAUAAUUGUGAGGUAGGAGAGAAACGAUCUGAGAACCUGAGAGCCACGUCCGAGGUCCCUGCAGAACGAGCCUAGAGAAGCAGAGAGCUACAAGAACCAGAGCAGUCUCCGUUAUGAAAAAUUUGAUUUUUCACAUAACGCUAGAGUUGCGAGAAUUUAGCUUUCGACUCUGAUGUGUACUGGGAGUGUGCAAUCAGAUCCAUGCCGUCAUCCGUAUGGUACCAGCAAUCUGCUUGCAAAAUGGGACCAGAGACAGAUAAAGAGGCGGUCGUGGACCCAAGACUCAGGGUGCAUGGUAUCAAAAACCUGAGAGUGGUCGAUGUCAGCAUAUUUCCUACGACGGUAGCUGCACAUACUGUCGGUCCACCUGACAUGGAAGGAGAAAAGACUGCUGAUAUUGUUAAGGAAGAUUGGAAUGUAAUAUCAAAUUACAUGCUUCAUGUGAAGUCAGAUAUUUUCACAAGGUUAUAGAUAAC